CGGCUGAUUAUAAUAUUCUCAGUGUCGGCCAUUUUCAUUUUGUUAUUGAGGAAAAAGGCGAUAUCGGAUUAAUUUCUUGAUAAAUUUUAACCUCUAUUUGGUCCUUAGGUAUACUGUUGUGCGUAUGCGUGUUUGAAGAAUGGCGAAGGGUUUAUUUAUUGCCUUUGUGGCGGUGUUUAUUGGAACAGUGUGGUGUAUGUCAGAACCAAAUUAUUUUGACCCAGUUAUUGAAUCUGACGUUGUAAACGAUCGAGGUAAACCAGAGUUCCAUGCCAUCAUUAAUGAAAAUGAGAAUAAAGUCUCCAGGAUUAGACCAGCGCUUAAGGCUACAGACAGAGAUGAAGUUGGUGGUGCCAAAUUUAUCUGUGGCUAUGAUAUUGUUAAACAUAAGAAAAAGUUGGAGAUGCCAUUUGUUAUCCAAGUUACAAACCGAACCACUGGAGAGGCUGAGAUUCGGGUGAAAGAAGGCUAUAAAUUAAACUAUGAAAAGAGAAAGCAUUAUAGAUUUAGCAUAGUAGCCAAUGAUUGUGGAAUGCCAAGACGCAUUUCAAACCCAGCUGUUGUUAUGAUUAAAGUCAAAGAUGUUGAUAAGUUUGCCCCAAACUUCGAAAAUGCCUCGUACUACAUCACCAUCGAAGAAGGAAAAUUGUACGACAAAUUCCUCACCAUUCGCGCAGUCGACGAAGACAAAUCUCAAACAUACCGAGAUAUUUGCGGCUACAACAUUCUCACUCCAAAUGUUCCAUUCGAAAUCGACGCAGACGGAAACAUUAGAAACACAAAAAUACUGGAAUACAGCAGACACCGGAAUUUCAUCAUGAAAGUUGUUGCUAAAGAUUGUGGUGGCAAAACAUCGAAACCAGUUUCAGUAAACAUUUUCAUCAAGGAGAUUUGUCGAAAUGGUUGGCAGGGAAUUUCUGAUAGAACAACAUACUUUGCUGGCAGUGGACGACAGAAGGUAGCAGAAAAUGCACGAUUGAGAAUGUGCGACCCAACAUGCAUCCCAGACAAUGUUUCUGUUAAGAUGACAUUGGCAACCAAACACAUCGGUAAAGGUUGUGAUCGAGAUACAUUUUCAAUCACUUCACAGAGGAAAAUCUGUGGUGCCAGUGGAGAGAGCGUUGACUUAUUACCCCCACCACCAUUAGCCGAUUGGACACAAAAUCUACAGACAGACGACGGCCAUGAGAGCGAUCAAGUGUUUUUCUUUAAUGGAGAAAAUGCGGCUAUAGUUCCAGAGAAUUAUUUCAACCAUACUUUAGAUCAACAGUUCACCAUUUCCACAUGGAUGAAACAUGAUUUUAGUGAUGAUUACGACACACCUCACAAGAAAGUUGAAAAGGAACACAUCUUGUGUAUGUCUGAUGGAGAAGAAAUGAAUAGACACCAUUACGCUGUUUUCGUUCAUGGAGAAAAAUUGGUAUUGUUGUUAAGACGAGAACCAACAACUGAAGCUGAGAUGGAAAUCUUUAAACCAGCUGAAUGGAGAUGGCACAUUCCACAAAUCAACGAUGCAGAAUGGCAUCACUAUGUUAUCAGUGUUGAUCUGAAAAACGCGGACCAAAAUUCAGUUAAAUUGUAUAUUGAUGGUAAACUCUUACUACAAGAUAAAACAGUAUUUGAAGAAAUUGAUGACUGGCCACUUCAUAAAUCUAGUAAAGUUCACUACACCAAACUAUCUGUUGGAGCUUGUUGGCAAGGAGGUAAAUCAAGGUUUGAACAUUAUUUCAAGGGAUAUCUAGCUGGGUUAUCUGUAUUGAAAGCAAAGAGAGAAAGUGACCGAGUUAUUCGAUGUCUAAACAACUGUAAGGAAAGCCUUGACUUCCACGCUGUUGGAGAGAUGCAGACCGGCUCAAGUGUAAGUUUCAACAAUGAAAUGACAGAGUUUAAUAUUUCUGGUAAAGAUGUUGCCGAGGUAGAGAAGUUAUUACAUGAAGUUGCCUAUGUUAAUGUUAGAAGUUUCCCUACACCAGGACGUAGAAAGUUACUCUUACAAACACAGCUAAAAUGUAAUGGUGAAACUGUAACACUACCAGAAGUACAAACAUACGUCAUGGUACAAGAACCACCCAAACCAAUCAUUACCAUCACAGGAUCCAAAAAUCUCACAAAACUUGUCUUUGAAUUCGAACGAGGCUUACUAGUAUUUAAAGAUAUCGAAAUCGAGGCAUCCAAGACAACCGAAACACGAGAGGAGGAGGAAGAGGAUGAAGAAGAUGAAGACAAAGCCGCAAUACUGGCCUUGAAAGUUUCUAAAGCUAUGCUUGCACAAGAGACAAGUUUGAAAGAACCAAGGACUGAGAUAUUAUUAGAUUCUUGUAAGAUUGAAGCCGAUCCUCCAUUAAAUCUCUUCUAUGAACAUCUGUCUCUACCAACUCAUAUUAUGGGUAAUCUGGGAUUAGAAUGGAGUGAGACCAACGAUGGUGUUGUUAUUACAAAUGCUGACACAAUAGAUAGAUAUAUCAGUGUCUUAAGAAAGAUCCAUUAUUAUCACAAUGAACCCAGUAUAUUAAAUAGUCGUUCACUCGCUCUAAAAUGUUCAUCAGAGAAUCAGAGAUUUAUUAGCAACCUGUUUAUCACAAAGUUGGUUGCAGUACAUAAAGAACCAGAAUAUAAUAAUGCUGCUAAUGUACAGAGUAAUGUUCACAAUCAACCCGUAGAACAUGAUGCUAUGCAGAGAUUAUCAUCGAAAAUCACACCUGAUGUGGCAGCUGCUACUUCCAACUUUGGAAUGGCUGCCAUCAUUGUUGUUUGUAUUGGCUUCCUUUUGUUCAUGAUAAUUCUGGGUGUAAUCAGAAUACGAGCUGUACACAGACGAACGCAGGUCGUACAAGUUGACGAGAAACAGGAAAUGGAGUGGGAUAACUCUGCUUUAAAUAUAACCGUUAAUCCGAUGGAGCAGGAGGUACAGCAGGUGUUUGAAUACGAAGAUAACGUACAACAAGCUUUACGCGACGAUACCGAUAGUGAAGACGACGGAAGUGAUUUCCACGAUGAAAUAGAUAGUUCCGAUGAAGAGGUUAGACCACCAGGAAAAGACCAAUUGGAAUGGGACGACUCAACCCUCAGUUUCUGAUCUACAUGUAAAAAGAAAAAAUAAUAAAAUAUAAAAAUCCUAUCAUAUGGCUUUAAGACGAUAACACAAACUCUAUAAACUAUCCUAGUAACGGACGCAUAGAUCAAAACAUGUCGUCAAUUACGACCAAACGAUGACUAUUUAACCACCAUAAUUUAUAAAGCUCAACAAAGAGAGUUGUGUUCUUACAGUGACAAUAACAAAGAGAUGUGCUUAGAUAGUGUCCCCUUUUAUAACACCAAAUAUGGAAAGAAGAUUAGAUGUAAGUCUUACUCUGGAUGUCGUAGGACAAACGAAUGAUCAGUGUUAUUUCGUUUUUUUGAAAAUUUAAAAAUUGUUGAAUUUUUUAUCUGAAUUAUUUAGAAAUUAAUACUGCUUUAAUACUGCUUUCAAUUAAAAUAUUGAAUUGUUAAUUCAAAGGUCCGUUGUUCUAAGAUUGAGAUUAAAUUCAUUUAUUGUUUUAAUUUCUGUACGGAUAAAUAUAAUAUUGAAUUUACUUGGUAGGAUUCAGGUAGUUGAUUGUUCAUUUUUGAUUAAUACUCAACCUAUUGUUAAUUAUCAUCAUCAGUUUUUGAAGCAAUUGUCAGUUUACUUUAAGCACAGUUGUCAAUGGACCUAAAGAACAGUUGUCAAUGGACUUUAAGCACAGUUGUCAAUUGACUUUAAGGACAAUUUUCAAUUGACUUUAAGGACAAUUUUCAAUUGACUUUAAGGACAAUUCUCAAUGGACAUUUUUAUUAUCAAUUGACUUUUCAGCACAAUUGUUAAUUAAUUUUCAGAACUGACAAUUAAUUCUCAAGAUUAUCAUUUUAUCAGAUAGAUUCACAUUAAAUGUCAGUUAAUUUGUAUGGCUACAAUCGGCUGCCUGUGGUAUUAAAUCAUUAAUAGCUACCGUUGAUCAUCCUGGAAAUCACUUUAAAAGAAUUCAUUUAGUACUGUAUUUCAACGAAUGAGUUGUCGCUGUUUUCGUUGUCCUCAUGAUAUUGCUAUAUAUAUACAUAUAUAUUUUAAUUGUUUUAAUCACUCUGUAGUUAUAUUUUUUCUUGAUAGCACUUUUACUCAUAAUCACGUGAUUUAAAUAUUUUACCAGCUUUUAAUUAUUUGUACUUGUUGAUUAUAUUUGACGAUUUUUGUCAAUGAUUCAGAUUGCUUUGAAUUUUGUAACUUGAUGAAAACUGUACAAGACCCAGGGUAAUGCUUUCAUGGAUUUGUUCGAGCAAACCUUUCUAAAAUUUGAUAAGACCUCAAUUUUGGAUAACAAACUUAUAAAAAUUUAAAUGUGUUGUAAAUGCUAGGUGGUUUAUAAUAAUAUCUCUAGUCAUUUGAUGAAGUAGCAGAUCAGAGUAGGUCCUUUGUGGUGGAUUACAGCGUGAUGGAGCAUGUCCCAAUGUGACAUGGAUUAUAGCAGGAUAUUAUUCGUAUUGAUAUUAUUGUUACUUUCCGGAAAGAUUCAAUGACAAUUAUCGACGAAAUAGCCGAUAACUGUCCAUAUUUUGAUCGAUUCAAUAAAAAUGAUGCAUAAUUUAAAGCAGUAUUGAUUGUUGACAAGAACUUGUUUAUAUUGAUGUAAUUUUUGCCAUGGCUUUUCUCUAUGUUUACUAAUAGUUAUUGUUUUUUGUACUGUUAUAUAUUAUUAUUAUACCCAUUAUUACUUAUUAUUAUAUAUAUCAUCACAGAAUGCUGAGAAUUCUACAAAGCAUUCUGUUAUUUUAAUUGAAUGUGAUUUAUUUUUCGGCGAUGGAUUCGUUUAUAAACCUAUUCUUAAAGCACAGUGUGUUGAGAAAGUGAGUCAAGAGGCGUUAUUAAUUGGGCCAGUUUUUUGGUAGUGUUCAAGAUGUCUUAACGGACAAAUUACCGGUUAUUGUAACUUUAAGUUAAAGCGAUAGUUGCAUUUUUUUUUUUUAAGUCAUAUGUUUAAAAUAUGUUACAAUAAAGCCUUAUAAAAUACAUUGAAUCUAUACACAGUCCUACCUUGUUAAAGAAUACCGGUAAUACUAUUAAUCUUAUUAUUCAUUAUUGUCAGUUGAGAAAUUGGCAAAUAUAUCAUUUUCAAGCUAGAACAUCAACAUGGAGCUUGGCCAAUUCCAUGGAGCAUAUAGAAAACAAGGGAGGUAAUUUUGCUAUUUCCAUCUUUUUGGUGUUAUUUUAAUUGCUAGAAUGAUUCCUAGAAUUGUAUAAUAGUAAUUUUACAACCUAUUAAGUAACAGAUAUAGAAAUAAUUAUGUUUUGACUUUGUUAAAAAUUAUGCAACUAUCGCUUUUAAGCUCAUGUAAAAAUAAUUGUAUUAAAAAAAUACCUAAUAAUAAUUUAAUACCAAAAGUUCCUAUGUGGAUUUGAUGUUCAUUAAUAAACUAAUAGGCCUACUUAUACAUAAAAAAAUCUUUACAAAUAUAUUUUGUUCUGGACGAUGAGUAGUAAUUGUAAAUAAGAAUUGAUAUUUAUUAUUAAUUAUUUAGAAUUUCGCUUUAAGAGAAAUGAUGUAAGUAGGUUUAUUUAUAAGGUCGUAAACGAAGGCUAACUUGUGGGUAGUUAUAUCAUAUCAGUGCUCUGGAUUAUGAUAUCCCGUAGGUGUAGAAUUUUCGCGCCACAGAUCCGGUUAUUAUCUCUGAUAUGGCUGACCGUCCCAACUACAAAUUGGACCUACAGAUUGAAACAUUCCAUCGUGAAGUACGUUAGAAUAGUAAUUAUGACGGAUGAUCAGUUUCACAAUACAAUAUAACCUGUGGAGACGUGUAAAUCAUGUAAUUAAUUACCCCGAAGAUUUGCCCAUUGAACGAUUUGUUUACAGAAUGAGAAUCAAUCAGAUUUCUAAUUUUUAUCGAAUUCAUUAAAAACUUAUUUAAAAACAUUUUUACAAUAUCGAACUGAGAAUAAAAAUUAGUUUUCAAAUAAUAUUUAAAUUCUUUUUUGGGGGUUUACAUUAGAUUGUUGAUAAAAUAUUUUCAAAAUUUUCUGAUAUUCUAAAAACAAGUACAGAAUUCAAUGAGUAUAUCUUCCACAAAGUUUAGUUAGAAUUUGUUCAUAAUAAUAGCUGUGUAUAUUGUGCGGUUAGUGAUGUUUUAUAUUAGCAGUAGUUUGUACACAAUAACAGGUUGUAAUUAAUUCAUUAUUUUAUUAUUAUUAUAACAAUGUGAUCUGUACCCCUGCUGUGUCCUUCCCCACUUACAUCCCCCCCAGUUGUGUUAAAAUCUAGUAAUAUGUACAUUACCGUAAGUGUGUCAAUUACCUGGAUCAACAAUAUCAAUGUCAAUAGUAAAAGCACCUGUGUUUUGUAACCACAGAUAAGAGUUUUAACAAAUUUUUAAAAAUUAUCGUUCUUAGACUAAAUCCAAAAUUACACUGUUCUGGGUCAUAAAUUUUAUAUUUGGAAAGUAGUUUUCAAAUUUGAAAGACUACAGAUUUCGUCCAUGUGUUAAAACUAUAUUAAUUUUUUUGAAGACAGUGGGAUGGCAUUGUGCAAUAACUCUAAAAUAAAACCAUCUCUUGCCAAUCUUUUAUCUGUGGUUACCAGUCAAAUAUUAGAAUAAGAUUUUGUUUUUAUGGACAUAUUGUGCUGUUGUUAUCAAUAGUUAAAAUCUAUCCUAAAUAAAACUACAGUAGUCACCUUUGUUCUCUGGACAUAAAGAUCUCUAACAAUAACAUGAAGCAUUGAGCUGAAUCAAAAACAAAAGAUGAACAGACCAUUUGUAGAAAAUCAAAUCUUUGUUAAUAAUUCAUUCAAUUUCUUACAGAAUUAUGUUAAUAUAUGAAAAGAAAUCAUAGUCAAUAUAUAGUGUAAUUCGGUACCUAAUAUUAAUAUUGAUAUAUAUCCUAUUGAUAUAUAUUAAUAAAAUGAUUAUUGGCUUAAAGGAUGGAACCUUGAUUGUAAAAUUUUUAAUUUUAAUUUUUAAAAAAAUUACUGACUUAUAAUUAGUAAAGUUUAUUGUAAAAUAUUUAUUUUUGAUUUGAAUAAAUACAUUUACUGGUUUGAAAUUGGGAAAGUAAAAUGUUUAAUUUAUGACCUUUAUUAUUCUUUAUUACUUUUUACUUGAUGAAAAUAACUAGCAAAUGGUGCUCCUAAUUAAUUUAUAAGACCUAUUUUCUUUUCUUAUCAUUAGAACUUAUGCUAUCAAUUUAUUAACUCUUGAAAAAAAAAUUGUAAAUGUUAACAAAAGACAUCAAAAAAAGUUCAAAUUAUUUCGUUUUAAGAGAUGUCAAGAUUUACAGAUUUGGGUUUAUCUAAGUUCAGAUCCUGAAAUACAAAAGCUGCCAAUAAUAACAUUUCGUUUUAAUUUAUCAAAAAGAGAUUUCUAUUAUUCCUGGUUUUUGAUUUCAUGGACAGCAAUCUGGAUUAAUUCAUUUCAGUGAAAGACGGCAACUAAAUUGUGUUUGGUCAGUUAACAGAUUUGGUGAAUAUCCUUUGGACUCUUUGAUGCCAAUGCAGACUUACAAACAUAUUAUUGAUGGGAAUUGUCACUAUUUUACUCAAAUUUCAACAUAAUUUCUAAGCAGAUUGAUAAUUUACAUGGAAGAAUUGUUAGCAUUAGUUCUAUAAUAAGAAUUGUAGAAGCUCACUGCUUCAUGCUCCCCUUGUAUACAGUAAUACUGUGGUUGGACGUUUAAUUGGAAGAUUAUUAUUCACUGUUUUGUGUUUGUGCGUUUGUAUAUAUAUUGUCUUCCUUAAUAAAAAAAAUCCGACCACCAAA